AUGGAAGACCUCCAUGAGGAGGAAGUAGUUGUUGAAGUUCAAUAUGAGGAAGAUGAGGGAGACACAAGGCAAGAGGAAGAAGAAGUGAGCCUUAAGGAGCCCAAGAGAAAGGCCAUAGUGGAUGAAUCCAUUCCUAUUCCAUUCCCUUCCAUGGUAAAGAAGGCCAAGAAAACUCCGGAGUUUGUUCUAAACAUGCUUCAAGUAUUCAAGAAGGUUGAGGUAACCAUUCCACUUCUUGAUGCCAUUCAACAAAUUCCGAAGUAUGCUAAGAUUUUAAAAGACUUGUGUACAUAUAAAGAUAGGACUGGUGAGUUGGAAACAUUGUCAUUGGGUAGUUCCAUUUCCUCAUUGAUGAAAUCCAUUCCGGAAAAGUGUAGUGACCCCGGACCAUGUUUAGUAUCUUGUUGGAUUGGUGGAGUUACCUUUUAUGAUUGCAUGUGUGAUUUGGGGGCCUAUGUGAGUAUCAUGACACUCUCUAUAUUUGCAAGGUUGAAUUUAGCUCCAUUGAAAAGGUCGGCCGCCAAAUUUGUCUUAGCCGAUAAGAGUGUGAUCACCAUAGUAGGGAUAGCGAAAGAUAUGCUUGUGACAAUCAAGGAUUUAGUGUUUCUAGUUGAUUUCUAUAUCCUUGAAAUGCCUCCAACGGAUAAUAGAAGUUCUUCCUCCGUUUUGCUUGGUAGACCUUUUUUGAAGGCCUCUAAAUUUAAAUUGGAUGCCUUUACCGGCACAUACUCUUUUGAGGUAGUAGCGGAGAUACAAAGUGAAGAUUACAACAGGUUGUACUAUCCUAUUAUUGAAGGGAAGGAUAAACAUGAGGAUAAACAAGAGAAAAUCGAUGAGGAUGAGCUUCAUGAUCAUGGUGAAAAAGAACCUCAACUUGAAGUGAAAACCGAAUUGAAGCCUCUACCUUCUCACUUGAAAUAUGCAUUCCUUGAGGACAACCAAAGUGAGUGGGUGAGCCCAGUUCAAGUUGUUCCAAAGAAAUCAGGAAUCACUGCUAUCAAGAAGAAAGAUAGUGAAAUGGUCACGACAAGGGUGCAAAAUGCUUGGCGGAUACAUAUUGCUCCUGAGGACCAGGAAAAGACCACCUUUAGUUGUCCCUUUGGUACCUUUUCUUACAAAAGGAUGCCAUUUGGGUUAUCAAUGCACCCGCCACUUUUUAGCAGUGCAUGA